AUGGUCGCGCAACCCAUCGGCACCAAGAAGACGCCCGUCACGUCCACGGCGAAGAAGACACCAGUAAAAGCACCAGUGAAGAAGGCGCCCGUCAAAGCGCCUGCUGUUCAGCCUCCGAAGAAGCCUGUCAAUACUGCGAUGCAGAAGAAACCCGUGGCAACAACCCCUAAGAAGCCCGUUACAAGCGUCGCACCCAAAAAGCCUGUGACAGCCGUCGGUCAGAAGAAACCCGCCCCAGCACCCGCAAAGAAGGCAAUCCAGCAGCCACAACAACAGGGCUGGAUCAACAAAGGCCUCAGCGCUGCAUCGUCUGGUAUUGGAAGUGCUGUCGGCGCUGCAACGACUGGUAUUGGCAAUGCUGCUGGGGCCGUCGUGACCGCGACAGGUAGUGGAAUCGCUGGGGCAGGGAGAGGCGCCGGAGCAAGUAUUGCAAACUCGUCUCGUACCUGGGGCGAUAUGGUCCGCGAGUACGGCAACUCUCUCAAAGACAUCACCGGCGCUCCGGGCAGUCGAUCGACAACAAACAAGAAUCCCCUCGGCUUGAGCACUAGCGGAGUGGGAGGUAUGGCAUCCAUGGCUAGUCGACCCGGUGUACCUGGUCUCUCAGGGGGUUCCGGCAAAGGUGGCGGUACGGCCAGCAAUCCGCUGGGUCUUUGA